ACCGCCAGGAGCAGCAGUACCCGGAUGAGAGCGCCGAUUCGGGUGCUGCCACUGCCUCCACCUGAGACCAGUUAGCACUCAAUUGGCCACCCUCCCGCAGCUCAGAGCAGAAGUGUGAGCUCAGCUGUUUCAGAGCCUCCCAACCAUGACCUCCAAAAAGCUGGUGAACUCGGUGGAAUUGUGUGCUGAUGAGGCCCUUGCUGGGUUAGUGGCCUGUAAUCCUAACCUGCAGCUCCUGCAAGGGCACCGUGUGGCCUUGCGUUCUGACCUGGACAGCCUCAAAGGCCGGGUGGCACUUCUUUCAGGUGGAGGUUCAGGCCAUGAGCCUGCCCAUGCUGGCUUUAUCGGGAAGGGAAUGCUGACCGGGGUCAUUGUAGGAUCCGUGUUUGCUUCUCCAGCUGUGGGCAGCAUCCUGGCAGCCAUUAGAGCUGUGGCCCAGGCAGGCACAGCGGGCACCCUCCUCAUCGUGAAGAACUACACUGGGGAUCGACUCAACUUUGGAUUUGCCAUGGAGCAGGCCAGGGCUGAGGGCAUCUCUGUGGAGAUGGUGGUGAUCGGGGAUGACAGUGCCUUCACUGUUCUGAAGAAGGCCGGCCGGCGUGGCCUGUGUGGCACCGUGCUUAUCCACAAGGUGGCAGGUGCUCUGGCUGAGGAAGGUGUGGGGCUGGAGGAGAUCGCAAAGCGGGUGAGCCUGGUCGCCGAGGCCAUGGGUACCCUGGGGGUGAGCUUGUCCUCCUGUAGUGUCCCUGGCUCCAAACCCACCUUUGAGCUCGCAGCUGAUGAAGUGGAACUAGGCCUGGGGAUCCAUGGGGAAGCUGGUGUUCAACGGGUAAAGAUGGCCCCUGCUGAGAAGAUUGUCACUCUCAUGCUUGACCACAUGACAAACACCUCCAAUGUAUCCCAUGUGCCUGUACGGUCAGGCUCUUCAGUGGUGCUCAUAGUCAACAAUCUGGGUGGCCUGUCUUUCCUGGAACUGGGCAUCAUAGCCGAUGCUGCCGUACGCUUGCUGGAGGGCCGUGGAGUGAAGGUCGCCCGUGCCCUGGUGGGUACCUUCAUGUCAGCACUAGAGAUGUCUGGUGUUUCCCUUACCCUGCUGCUUGUGGAUGACCCCCUGCUGAAGCUGAUAGAUGCCGAAACUACUGCAACAGCCUGGCCUCACAUGGCCAAGGUGUCUGUGACUGGGCGGAAGCGGAUCCGAGAAGCUCCCACAGAGCCUCCAGAGGCCCCUGAGGCCACUGCAGCAGGAGGUGGAGCAGCAAAGCAGAUGACGCUUGUGCUGGAGCGGGUGUGCACCACCCUGAUCGGACUGGAGGAGCAUCUGAAUGCCCUGGACAGGGCUGCUGGUGACGGGGAUUGUGGCAUUACCCAUAGCCGUGCUGCCAAAGCCAUCCAGGGCUGGGUAAAGGAGGGCCCAGCUCUAGCUAGCCCUGCCCAGGUGCUCUCCAAGCUGUCUGUCCUGCUCCUGGAGAAGAUGGGAGGCUCAUCUGGCGCGCUCUAUGGCCUGUUCCUGACUGCAGCUGCCCAGGCUCUCAAAGCCAAGACUGAUCUCCCAGCAUGGUCUGCUGCUAUGGAUGCCGGCCUGGAGGCCAUGCAGAAGUAUGGAAAGGCUGCACCAGGAGACAGGACAAUGUUGGAUUCUCUGUGGGCAGCAGGACAGGAGCUGCAAGCCUGGAAGAGCCCAGGAGCCAGUCUUCUCCCAGUCCUGACUAAAGCAGUCAAGAGUGCUGAAGCUGAAGCCGAGGCCACCAAGAACAUGGAAGCUGGCGCUGGAAGAGCUAGUUACAUCAGCUCUGCACGACUGGAUCAGCCAGACCCUGGGGCAGUGGCAGUUGCCGCCAUCUUCCGCGCCAUCCUGGAAGUCUUGCAGACGCAGGGAGCAUAACUGCCUUUUUCCUCCUCAGCUCCUCUCCCUGUUUACUUCCUCUUGCCUUCAGAUGGUCACCUUAUUCCUUACUCACCCUAGCACCCAUCCUCUGCCACCCCUCCAGAACUGUUCUGUGAACAGUAAGUGUCUGGCUGGGUGGAUCAUGUGCCCUGCCAACACUGCUCUUCCUCUUCAGGAAAAGGCGUCCCUCAGGUCAUGUUCUCCCCACCCCAUCCAGCUCUGAAUGUCAGUGAUAAGGCUUUUCCUGAGUACAACACGGCCUCUAACUGGGUGUACCUAUUUGGUUUCAAGACUCCAGGCCUCGUCCUCUAGAAGGCCGCUAACACCCAGUCAGUGUGUGAAAGAAAACGAAUAAAACCCACU